AAAAGUGUAAUGAUUAUUGUUAACAUGUCAACAUUGCUUUUUGUUUUGUUACUGAUUGCAAGUGGUUUUGGAGCAGAUUUUCCUGAAGAAGAAAGCUGUGACUCCAGCCAGCUGAAGGUGUGCGUAGACAGUAUACCACGCACACGAGUUGGUCUGCCGCGGAACAAAGAAGAGCUAGAUGCGCACUGUUUGGCAUACAAUAUCGGCAUGUCGUGCAUGGACGAGUGGAUGAAGCGCUGCCUGCCGACAGACGGACAGAAGAUUAUACAACGGCAGAUAGCUGGCGCGCAGAUCCUCAUGCGCUAUCUCUGCUCGAAUGGAACUGCUGUGAGGAAAGAGUACCUAAGGGAGCCGGCGUGUCUGGCGAUGGUGUCGGCUGACUGGUCGGCCUGUGUGGACGACUUGCAAAUGGCUGUCAGAGACAUCGCUGAGCGCUCUCAGCAAAUUGUUUACUUUAACAGAAACUCAGAAUUUUGUUGCGCCCGUGAUGAAUUUCUGGCGUGCGUGUCGCACGCGGCGCGGGCGUGCUCAGCCAGGGCGGGCACCGUGCUGCGUCGCAUCGCAUGGGUGCUGGCCCAAGACGUGGCGGCGUGCAGCAACGAGCCGCGCGCGCAUUGCACCGCUCCUCCGCCGCCGCCAGCACGCCUCACUGCGCCCCUGCUCACCGCGCUAUACGCUCUGCUUUUCCCACCAUUGCAGUAGAUAAGCCAAGCUAUGAAAGCAUCUGGCGCUUAUUAAAGUUUGAUGUUUGCGUUACAUAAGUUCAUUGGGUUCUUUUUUAUCCAGUAGAUGUUCUUUGUCUGGCCAUAAUUUUCUUGAAUAAUCCAGACCUCAUUAAGUGUCUGAGCGCUGACUUUCUUGGUGGACGACGAAAAAUCGUCAACGUCCCAAAAAGUUACAGAACAAACAACACAGAGGAUUGUCAUCUCAUAAAAAUGGACCGUGUCCCUGGUUGUGGAUUUACGCCUGCUAAUAGCCGCUAGGAUUGUAUUUUCAUGUCUAUUGUCACGAGCCUACAGUCACAAUUUGAUAGACACUGUAUCUUGUUGGAGGUCAACAUACGCUGUUCAGGUCGAAGCGGCGCACGUAAUGUAUUUAAUAAG